GUGAGAACGUUGUUUUUUUUUUAUUACAACUGAAAUUCAAAUAAAUCAGUUCAAAAGCCUUGCUUUGUGAAUAUUCAGUUAAGGAAGGCAAUCCACAAAAUCAACAAACAUGCGACGCAGUUGUGCACCGUCGAUGAAACGUGCCGCACCACCGGAAACGCUUCAAGUUAACAAACCGCCAUCCCUCGUCACUACUACCGGCGAACCGGAUCCGGUUGUCGUAGAGCUUUACAACAGUUCCGAUAACCACUCCCAGGUACUCAAGGCAACAGCCAAAGUGAAACCUUUGCCGGCAACAAGUUCAUCAUCAUCGGAUACGUCCGCCGGAAGAAGUCAAAAAAAAAUCCAUUACACCGUGGUGUGGGGAAAAAUAACGACCAAAAAGCACAAAACCUGGGAAGGCGACGGAACUUUGGAGCUUAGUGGUAAAAGCGCUUUUCUGAGAGACGAGAAUCGAAAAAUCAUUGCCAGUUCGAUCGAGGUAAAAGUAGACGAAAUUCAGGAGGGAUGUCGACUCAUUGUCGGUAGCAAAGAGGUCGAACUUAUCGAACGGAUUUCCGAAAAUGGAACGGUGGUGGAAAAGGAAAAUGAGGCUGAAGUUGCCGUAAAACGAAGGAAAUCUGGUAAAUUUAGCACCGGUAAAGGUUUUAGGGCCCCACAAGUUCGUGAAGAACAAACGUCCACUGUAAGAUGUACAACAGUUGUACCGAAGGAAUUCAUACAAGUCGGAGUAAAAACGGAGGAGAUUGCUGUCGAUUUCGUUCCGUUGAAGAUGAAAGUACCACCGGUCGAGCACCAAUGGAAGUACAAUCAAGGAAAAGGUGUUAUAUCGGAAGUUACGGUUCCGCACUUUUUGGCCAAAGAGUUGAGACCGCAUCAGAGAGAAGGUGUCAGUUUCUUGUACGAAUGCGUUACAGGAUUUCGAUCCAUUGAACCAGAGCGUUUCGGAGCGAUUCUGGCGGAUGAAAUGGGUCUUGGUAAGACUUUGCAGUGCAUCGCAUUGAUUUAUACUUUGUUGAAGCAGGGGCCUUAUGGAAAACCGGUUGUAAAGAGAGCAUUGAUCGUAACUCCAAGUAGUUUGGUUGAAAAUUGGGAUCGAGAGAUUAACAAGUGGUUAAAAGGUGAACGUAUGUUUACGUUUAUCGUGGGACCGAAUAAUAAGCUUAGGAAAUAUGCUCAGUCACCGCACAUUCCGAUUUUGAUUAUUUCUUACGAAAUGUUGGCCAAACAGUUUGACGAAUUACAAUCAGUCAAGUUUGAUUUGGUGAUUUGCGAUGAAGGCCAUCGUUUGAAAAAUUGUAAUAUAAAAGCCGUUACAGUUCUUGAUGGAGUCGAAUGUCCGAGGAGAAUAUUGAUAACCGGAACACCUAUACAAAACGAUCUCCAGGAGUUUCAUUCCUUGGUGAAUUUUGUUAAUCCGGGGGUGCUUGGCUCGUAUGCUGAAUUUAAAAAUAAGUACGAGAAUCCUAUUGUGCAAUCUCAACAACCAAAUGUGUUACCUCAGUAUCAAGAAUUAGGUAAGCAAAGAUUGAUCGAACUAAACAACAUCACAUCGACUUUUGUUCUAAGGAGAACACAAGAAGUUAUCAACAAGUAUUUGCCACCGAAGCAGGAAUUAGUAGUCUUCGUACAUCCUUCCGAUCUGCAGAAGCAACUGCUCUCUGUUGCACUAGAAUUCUACGAAAAGAAUGGCCCAACCGCCAUCAGCCCUUUGCAGUUGAUUACUAUACUGAAGAAAAUAUGCAAUCAUCCUUCUCUUGUAAGCUCAAUAGAAGGAAAUGAUUCCGAAUCGUUGAUAAAGGUACUCAACGACAAUCUUCCAGCCUGGAACCAAAUGGGACCAUCUGAUUCCAGUAAACUUGGCAUAGUUGAAUGGUUGCUAGAAAGUUUGAUAGAAAAACGGGAAAAGAUCGUACUCGUUUCGUACUACAGUAAAACGUUGGACAUGUUUCAAGGACUCUGUGAGCACUACAACUACAAGUUCUCUCGCUUAGAUGGAUCAACACCUGCUCAUGAUCGGAGCAAAAUUGUUUCCGCUUUUAACGACUCGAACUCUGAUAUUUUCAUCCUUCUGUUAAGUGCCAAAGCCGGAGGAUCUGGUUUAAAUCUGAUAGGAGCUUCUCGGCUGGUUCUGUUUGACAACGAUUGGAAUCCAGCCAGUGAUCUACAGGCCAUGGCACGAAUAUGGCGUGAUGGACAAACUAAACAAGUUUAUAUCUAUCGAUUGCUGACGGCGGGUUCGAUCGAGGAGAAAAUUUACCAGAGACAAAUUUCGAAAACAUCUCUCAGUGGGACCGUCGUUGACCAGAAACAGAAUCUCGCUAAUCUGAAGUUUUCGGACGAGGAGUUAAAAGAUCUGUUUUCUUUGGCAACUUCGGAAGAGGAACAAAACUGUUUGACACAUCUGUUGUUGGAUUGCAACUGUCGAGGACGAGGAGAGAUUCCAGAGACUAGUAGCAGUGAUCUCAGUCAGGAAGCAGAUCAAACAUCUGAACCACAUGAAGAAAGUCGUUUCAAACUAAAACUGGGAAAGGCUAAAAGUAAAAAAGCAAAACGCUCCUUAAAAAUGCAAGAACUGAUGCGAUGGGAACAUCAUCGACAACCGAUUGCACAGGAAGUUCUUGAGGAACUAGCGCUCCACGGUUCGGCAGAAGAGAUUGUGUUCCUGUUCAGGAAUACCGUCAAUCAAUUGACGAAUUGAGACUUGCUUAGGACUGUGAUACCUAUACAAAAAUCAAGUUUUUCGAAGCUUGAUCUUCCUGUUGAUUUCGUUAUAAAUAAAUUACCAUAAUGAGUACCUUCUA